AUGCUGUCACCAAAAGCAAGGACAGCUGGAGAACUUUCACUUGAUGAUCUCAAAGAAGAGUUUUUAAAGAAUUGUGAAUCACUUGAAAGAAAAGCUAAAGCUUUAGUUACAGCCAAAUCAGAGAUUGGCCCUGAUGACCAAGUAAAGGAAUUACAGUUAAAAAUCAAGCAACUUGAAGCAGAACUUGCACGAAAACAAAGACGUCGAAACAAUUUACUUCGUCAAGUCAGAAGUUUUAAAGCAUUAACUGGUGCUACAGCGACAAGAGUUAAACAACCAGUUGCAGCAAACUUUAAAGGUAGCAGUGCACGUUCAAAAUCGAGAACUGAUGUGAUUAAACAGUUAAAUGAUUACAAUUCUAAACAUCAUGAUCCAAAUAUUGACUUUGCAUUACUUGUAUUACAUGGAAAAGCAACUCCAGAAGAAUUGAAUGAUCAAAUGGAUGCAGAUAAAGAACAAAUUGGCUUCGGAGAAGUAAUUCAAAGAAGAAUGAAUUUGAAUAAGUACAGACAGCAAUCAGAUCAGUUAACAGCUGACUUAGAUACAUUAAGGAAACAGUAUGAAAAGCUCGAAAUGCACAGAGAUGAUGUUGUUCAUGGAUAUCAAUCUCAAGCAGACCAAAACACUCAAGCGCAAAGAGAAUAUAACGAUUAUUACAAGAAAUUAGAACAAAAGAAACAAGAAUUACAGAAGGCGCAAGACCUAGAAUCUCAAAAUGCCCAACUUCAGUCAGAAAUUGACGCUUCUGGCCUAGAUAAUGAAGCAAGAAUAGAAAGACUUAACAAGGCUAAGGAACAAGCUGCCAAAGAUCAGCUCAAGCGAGAAAUUGCCGAUCUCCAAAAUGAUUCAGCCAGAUUAGAAGAAUCAAACGCAAAUCUUGAACAAAAGAUCCAUGAACUCGAAGCUACAUCACCAAAGAAGUCAUCAAAGGAAGAAGAAAUCACAGCAGAGCUAGAUAAACUCAAAGAACAAUUAAAUGAAGAUCCUUCGACCAACAUGAAGUUUAAUAACUUUAUUGCACAAAUGGAGAGUUACGCCCUAUCUCCACAAGACGUUGUUGAUAAAAACAAAGAAAAAACAGAACUUGAGCAACAAAUCCGAGAUAUUCAACAAGAAAUCGAAGAAUUACAGAACAAAGAUCAACAACUACAGCAUGAGAGUGAUAUUAAACGUGAAAACAUCUCCAAACUCGAGAAUUCUCUCACUGAUAUUGCAAAUGAAUACGAAAAGUUGCCAACAGACCAAGUUCAUGCAAUGCCAGAGUUCAUUAAAGGUGCUCCAAGCAUCAAAUUCACUAAACAGGACAUUUUCCAGAUCGGCCAAGAUCAAACCGCAAUUAUUAUCUACUUCAAGACGUUUUCUUUCGAACACAGCUUCAUAGGAAAGAAACCAUCCAAAGUAUUCCUCAAUGUUGAGCUUUUGGAGCAUCAAUCCACAGAAUCUCAGCCAGUUGACAUAACAUCAGGAGUUUUCAACUCAAGAAUGAUCUUUGUUUGCAAGAAUGACUUCUUCCUUGCAGAAUACCUCGAAAGGACAUCAGCUUCUGUCAUUAUUUGUCGUCAGAGAGAAGAUAUGUUGACAGAAGCCGCGAGAACAGAAGUCAACAUGCUUCCGUUCUUAGAUGGAAACAAAGAGAUGACACAGACUGUUCCUCUAUGGAAUACUCAGAACAAACAAGUAGGAAAACUCACAUUUGAAGCUGCAAUUUACAGAGCUCCAAUUAAAUCUAAGAAUGUUUCUUCUGUUUGA